UUUGCGGCACCAGAGACGCCGGAGUACCGACGUGCUUUGCGUUCCGCGGCUGUCGUGGAAGGGGCUUGUGGGCUCGCCUGGGACCGCCAUGGGGAAGGUGAAUGUGGCCAAGUUGCGUUACAUGAGCCGGGAUGACUUCAGGGUCCUGACCGCGGUUGAAAUGGGCAUGAAGAACCAUGAAAUAGUUCCCUGCAGUUUGGUUGCUUCUAUAGCCAGCCUUAAACAUGGUGGCUGUAAUAAAGUUUUGAGAGAAUUAGUGAAACAUAAACUCAUAGCUUGGGAGCGUACCAAAACUGUACAGGGCUAUCGGUUGACAAAUGCAGGCUAUGACUACCUAGCUUUGAAAACACUUUCUUCUAGACAGGUAGUUGAGAGUGUUGGAAACCAGAUGGGUGUUGGCAAAGAAUCUGAUAUUUAUAUUGUUGCAAAUGGAGAAGGGCAGCAAUUUGCAUUAAAGCUUCACAGACUGGGAAGAACCUCCUUUCGAAAUCUGAAAAACAAGCGUGAUUACCAUAAACACAGACAUAACAUGUCUUGGCUUUAUUUAUCUCGUCUCUCUGCCAUGAAAGAAUUUGCCUAUAUGAAGGCAUUGUAUGAGAGGAAAUUUCCAGUUCCAAAGCCAGUUGAUUAUAAUCGCCAUGCAGUGGUCAUGGAACUCAUAAAUGGCUAUCCUCUAUGUCACAUACACCAUGUUGAAGAUCCUGCAUCAGUAUAUGAUGAAGCUAUGGAACUAAUUGUCAAACUUGCAAAUCAUGGCCUGAUUCAUGGAGAUUUCAAUGAAUUCAAUCUCAUUUUGGAUCAAGAUGACCAUAUCACCAUGAUUGAUUUUCCACAAAUGGUUUCAACUUCUCAUCCCAAUGCUGAAUGGUAUUUUGACAGAGAUGUUAAAUGCAUUAGAGAUUUCUUCAUGAAACGUUUCAGCUAUGAAAGUGAGCUUUAUCCAACCUUUAGUGAUAUCAGGAGGGAGGACUCUCUUGAUGUAGAGGUUUCUGCCAGUGGCUACACAAAGGAAAUGCAGGCAGACGAUGACCUGCUUCAUCCAUUGGGUCCAAAUGAUACUGAAACAGAGGAAGGAUCUGAAUUCUCAUUUUCUGAUGAAGAGGUAUCAGAACAAGAAAAGGGUUGUCGGUCACAAAAUCAAAGUGAAUGGAACUCUGUGGAUGAAUCAGUUGACUGCUGCUGUGGAUCGUCUAGGGACCUUGAACAAAUAAAGGAAGACAGCUUGUCAGAGGAGAGUGCUGAUGCACACAAUUUUGACAUGACUGAAUGCAGCCAAGCUUUAGAAAUGAAAGGGCAGGUUGAAAACAGUUCUGAAACUGAGCUUUCGGAGGAGAAAAUCAACACUGACAAUGACACCACCAGGCAAGGUGGCAUCACAGGUCAGGGAGGAAUCCCCACGGGCUCUGAGGAGUAUGAAGAUGAAUGCCCUUAUCUGAUUGCCUUGUCUUCACUGAACAAAGAAUUCAGGCCUUUCAGAGAUGAAGAAAAUAUGGAAGAUAUUAAUCAAUAUAGAACAAGAACUCUGAGCGUUACUUCUGCAGGCAGUAUUUUAAGCUGUUCAACAAUUCCUCCGGAAUUGGUGAAACAGAAGGUGAAACGUCAGUUGACAAAACAGCAAAAAUCCGCUGUCAGACGUCGAUUGCAGAAAGGAGAAGCAAAUAUAUUUACCAAGCAACGGAGAGAAAACAUGCAAAAUAUUAAGUCAAGCUUGGAAGCAGCUAGCUUUUGGGGAGAGUAAUAUAUUUAAGAACUUGAAUUUUUUCAGAAAUUUACUAUGAUCUCUUUUUAUUAAGCUACCUUUAGUUCUUUUUGGACCAAGGCAGAUAAAUAAACAAACUCUCAUGUAUAAA